GUAAAAAGCGAGAGAGAGAGAGAGAGGGAGAGGGAGGGGGGAUGCUGGUGGACCGAGGCGGGACAUCUCAGCAUCCUCAGUCUUCCUGCGUGUCUCGUCGAGUGCACAUGCGCCAUCUUCCCCAUCACCGUCACCGAAAGAAUACAACUUCUAUGUGGAACCAGAGUUGAAGAGGGAGCAGCAGAGACGAUUGGUGAAUUGGUCACGGCCCGCAGCCUCCCUCCCCGUCUCCCUCCUCCUCAGCCACACCGCCACUUCCUUUGCUUCCCGUCUUUGUCCCGCCUCCCCGCCACUAUGUCUCGCCUGGCCUCCUUCCUCGUCCCCCUCGCCCUCCUCUUCCUCUCCCUGCUGCCACCCUGCCAGUCAGAGUCCCAGCGUGGCGCGGCGGGCAGCGACCUCGACCAUCGAGUGGUCUCCGCCUCCAUGCUGCCCUCCUCCGGGACUUACGGGAACAGCAGCGUGCCCGGACACGGGAAAUGUGAUGACGUGACGGUGUGCAAGCCGGGCAUCCUGCUGCCCGUUUGGCAGCCCAGUGAACCGGGGCUUGGAAACCAGGUGGCCAGAGCCGUGGUCUACUUUGUGUCGCUCAUGUACAUGUUUCUGGGCGUGUCCAUCAUUGCAGACCGCUUCAUGGCGUCCAUUGAGGUCAUCACAUCACAGGAGAAGGAAGUGACCAUCACUUUGCCAAAUGGCGAAACAUCAGUGGCGACUGUUCGAAUCUGGAAUGAAACCGUGUCUAAUCUCACCCUAAUGGCUCUGGGCUCCAGCGCCCCAGAGAUCCUGCUGUCUGUUAUAGAGGUGUGUGGUCACCAAUUCGAGGCAGGCGAGUUAGGGCCGGGAACCAUCGUCGGGAGCGCCGCCUUCAACAUGUUCGUAAUCAUCAGCAUCUGCGUGUGGACCAUCCCCAACGGCCAAGUGCGCAAGAUCAAGCACCUCAGGGUUUUCUUCAUCACCGCCUUCUGGAGCAUCUUCGCCUACAUCUGGCUCUACCUCAUCCUGUCCGUCAUGUCACCCGGCGUUGUGGAGGUGUGGGAAGCCUUGGUGACGCUGCUGUACUUCCCAGUGUGCGUCCUCCUGGCCUGGAUCGCCGACCGCCGCCUGCUUUUCUACAAGUACAUGGGCAAGCGUUACCGCGCCGACAAACGCCACGGCAUCGUCGUGGAGAUGGAGGGAGACUUGACGCCCAACAAGGGCAUGGAGAUGAUCGCGGACGGCAAGUUCCUGCCACGAGGGGGCACUGUGGUGCCGUCUGAGAUCUAUGGAAAUGGUGACGGUGGAGCGGGCGUGGCGGCCAAUAACGUUGGUGCGGCAGCAGGGUCUUCGUCGGCGGGAGCUGGGGGAAACCUGCCCAGCUCCAACAACGCUACAGCCAACUUGGAGACCAGUCGGGAGCUGGAUGAGAGUCGCAAGGAGGUAAUUCGCAUCUUGAAGGAGCUGAAACAGAAGUAUCCCGACAAAGAACUGGACCAGCUGAUGGAGCUGGCCAACUACUACGCGCUGCUGCACCAACAGAAGAGCCGAGCCUUCUACCGCAUACAGGCCACUCGCAUGAUGAUCGGAGCCGGGAACGUCCUGAAGAAGCACGCCGCCGACCACGCCCGCCGCGCCGUCGUCACUGACGAGGAGGCGCCGGUAGACGACGACCUGGCCGUGUGCAGCCGCAUCUCCUUUGAAAGCGCACACAGUCAGUGCAUGGAGAACUGUGGCGUCCUCACGCUGGCCGUUGUCUGCCAAGGGGGCCUGGGAGAGAACACUUUCUACGUGGAUUACAGGACCGAGGACGGUUCGGCCAAUGCCGGGUCCGAUUACGAGUACAGCGAAGGCACUCUGGUGUUCAAGCCUGGAGAGACGCGCAAGGAAAUUAAGGUUGGGAUCAUCGACGACGACAUAUUCGAGGAGGACGAGCACUUCUUUGUACGUCUACUCAACCUGCGUGUCGGCGACGCAGAGGGGAUGUUUGAGAGCGACGAGGCGGGCGCCAUCCCCAAAGCUCGCCUGAUGGAGCCCCUGGUCGCCACGGUGACCAUCCUGGACGACGACCACGCCGGCAUCUUCACCUUCAGCGAGCGCAUGGUGCGGGUGAGCGAGAGCGUGGGCACCAUGGAGGUGACGGUGGUGCGCAACUCGGGCGCCCGCGGCACGGUCAUCCUGCCCUACCACACCGAGUCGGGCACGGCGAAGGCCGGCGAGGACUUUGAGGACGCGCAGGGGGAGCUGGAGUUCACUAACGACCAGACCACUCAAACACUCCUGGUGAGGAUAAUCGAUGAUGAAGAAUACGAAAAACACGAAAACUUCUUCAUCGUCUUGGAGGAGCCACGCUGGCUGAAGAGAGGAAUCUCAGCCCUGCUGCUCAGCCAAGAGGGGGCGGAGGGUCAGAUGAGCGCGGAGGAGGAGGAGGCCCGUCGGAUCGCUGAGAUGGGGAAGCCCAUCCUGGGAGAGCACAGUCGCCUGGAGGUGGUCAUUGAGGAGUCCUACGAGUUCAAGAGCACCGUCGACAAGCUCAUUAAGAAGACCAACUUGGCGCUGGUCAUCGGCACGCACUCCUGGAGGGAGCAGUUUGUGGAGGCGGUCACUGUAAGCGCAGCAAACGUGGAGUGCCCGCUGAUCAACUGUGCUGGCGAAUUGCGAUCUGCUGGAGUGAGCGAGCGAGUGAGAGAGAGAGAGAGAGAGAGAGAGAAACGGAGCGCUUCCGGCUCCACCUCUGAGCUUUAUCAACCAGGCGCCAGUCUGCUGUCCAAUCACCACCUGUCAAAUAGUGACGGCGACGAUGACGAGGAGGGCCGGGAGGAGCGCCUCCCUUCCUGCUAUGACUACGUCAUGCACUUCGUCACCGUCUUCUGGAAGGUUCUGUUUGCCUGCGUACCCCCCACAGAGUACUGGAACGGCUGGGCCUGCUUCUGUGUCUCCAUCAGCGCCAUCGGCCUCCUCACCGCCUUCAUCGGAGACUUGGCGUCACACUUUGGCUGCACGGUGGGACUCCGGGACACGGUGACUGCCGUGGUCUUUGUGGCUCUGGGAACGUCCAUUCCAGACACGUUUGCCAGCAAAGUGGCCGCCAUACAAGACCAGCAUGCCGACGCCUGUGUCGGAAAUGUCACCGGCAGCAACGCCGUCAACGUCUUCCUGGGAAUCGGCGUGGCGUGGUCGGUGGCCGCCGUCUACUGGAAGAUCAAGGGGAAACCGUUCAAGGUGGAUCCGGGCUCACUGGCUUUCUCCGUCACGCUCUUCACCAUCUUUGCUUUCGUCUCCAUGGGCGUGCUCUUGUUCCGACGCCGGCCCUCCAUCGGCGGCGAGCUUGGCGGCCCCCGGGUAUCCCGCAUCCUGACGAGCUUGUUCUUCCUGGGCCUGUGGUUCCUCUACAUCCUCUUUUCCAGCCUGGAGGCGUACUGCCACAUCAAGGGCUUCUAAGCAGGAGAUGACCAACGUAGUUCCACAGCAACACACACACACUUUGACAUGCUACAGGUGUAGGUUAAGAGGGCUCUUUGAUACACACACACACACACACACACACCCACACACCCACACACACGUACGCUCGGAUAACGUGAUGACAGCAAACUCGGGUACAAGCAAUUUAGAUGGCAAAAGAAAGUCUGUUGAUGACGAGAAGAGCAAAGUGAAUGUAGUGUUGACGUGGCUGCAAAUAAAAGUUGUAUCAGAGGAUGGCACUGCCGUCGGAAAAGUGUUUGCCCAAGAAAAUCCUCCCCCCCCCAGUUAGCGGUUCCAGACGAGGGGAGGGCUGAAAUGGAGUCGAAUGUUUACAUUGACUUUAUGUACUGCACGGAAAACUUGUUAAGUGUUUACACGGCUAAUGGACACAUCAGAGGAAGGCACUUCUCAACACGCGCUGUAAAUAGAACUGCACAUCUCGAGCGAGCCGCCCUCCGAUGUUUGUUAGGGGGGCCCCAUACUGCGAACCAUCAGUGGGAGGAAUCAAGGUGUCGCCAUCAUCCUGCACGGUUUCCAUAGUAACCAUAUCCCUGGAGAAGGGGGACUUUUUGAGCAUGUGUAGCCAGAUGUUGCCAUCACCGUCACCCCGUAUGUCAUGUAGAAUUGUACCGUAAAUGGCCAUACUCGCAUUUGUGCGCUGAUGUGUGUGUGUGUGAUUGCAGUCAUGGCACUAGGAGUGCUGGUGGGGCCAAUAAUCCACUACCGCACUACUACUACUUGAUCUUGCAGCAGUGGUGAAAGGUAAUGCAUGGGUGGUUCAAUUUAGCAGCUAAAGCCAUGAAAUUAUUUCCCGUGUGUUCAACAUGGAGGCACAACUCGUCAUAUUACAGAGGAUCUGGACUUGCACAUGAUUUGGGGCCCGCACAAUGUUUCAUGACACCGCCCAUACAAUGCCUUAACUACACAGCAUUUCCAGCUGUGAGACUACUUGUUCUCACUGAACUUGUUGUCGCGUCACAUCCGGUUGGUUCCUCACUGCAAUCGGUGCAAGUAGUAGUCGACCAAGGUUGGCGUGUCUGGACGUGGCCCGAGUCGAGGUGCGUCAAAACGGAUGCGGCGCUGUUAAAUCAAGUCCAGUACCUGCAACGGUGUUUUAGUAUUAGUCGCUGCUCGCUAGAUUUAGUAGAGGCGGAUAAGUGCUCCACGGCAUUUGCACAGGAGGAAUAGAACAUAAAUUCAAGUCAAUGGUCCAGGUCAUUGCAUUCUCAGGGCAUUCAGUCAAUCGCAACUGGACUGUUUGGUUUGUCUUAGAAGACGUUUCGCCUCUCAACCAUGUAGGCUUCAUCAGUUCAUGCUCAUAGACUUAGAGUGGUCAGAUCUCGUCUUAGAUUGGUCAGAUGCAAAAGAGCAAUCUUACUGUAGAUGCCAAGGACAAGUCGUUGAAGUGGAAUUUCCCCUCGUGGACAUUGGGGUAUUGUGUGGCAGAACGAUUGCUGUGGAUCGACCACUAUCAGCCCAAAAUAUUCGGAAUCACUCAGGUUAGCAUUCCAUUCAGUUGUAAACAAAUGGCACAAAGUAGAAUCUAUGACCACAAUGUUUCUAACUUAAGUUAUUUGUUGGAGGCUCAGUUGCAGAGUCUUUGAACCAUUCCUAAAAGACUAACAGGUUGAUCCACAGCAAUUAUUUGUUGGAGGCUCAGUUGCAGAGUCUU